CAGACGGGGAGACGGGCGCCUGCGCAGAGGCAGCUGCCGGCGCGAGGCUGCCCGGUAAUGGCGCACCGCGCGGGCGGGCGGGCGCUGUCCCUGCUGCGGGGCCGCCUGCCCCUCCACGGCCCGGCGGCGGCCGGCGGCUGCGCGGUCCGAGGGCAGGCCCGCCUCGGCUCCUCCGGUGCCGCGGUGCGGAAGGCGCCGCGGGCAGCCGGCGCCGAGGAGGCGGGUGAAGAUGCUGAAGUCAAUACCAGAAAGAAGACAUUCACUGAGGUUCAAACAGAACGAUCAGAGCAAGCAGAACGGACUGUUUUAAUUAAGUGCCCACCAAAACUUAAUGAAAAAAAAUUAUUGCAGUAUUUAUCCAGUCAUGGAAACAUUGAGAGUCAUUUCUUUUUUGAAAAUCGUGGUAUCCAUGCUGUAAUAGAAUUUUCAGAAAAGAACAGUAUAGCCUCACUGCAGGAUGCUAUUGGAAUCCCAAGUUCUGCAGAGCAUCAUGUUGUCCCGUUUAAAUCUAGACUUUUUACUUUCACGCUGAAAAACCCAGUGAGUCAAGCUGCUGAAGAGACACCAGUUCACCUCUCUCCUCAGUCUCACAUUCCAGUGAAAGAGCUUAUUCAAAAGCUUUGUGAUGCAGACAGUAUAAGCAGUCAGAUGUACCUCCUACUGAAUGAAUAUCAGCUUACAGAAGAAAAUAUCAAGCUCCGAUUUCUGGCCUGUUCUCUAGUUCGGGAUUUCGCACGUGCGUAUUUUCCAGACAGCACGGUAAAGCCAUUUGGCUCUUCAGUCAACACCUUUGGCAAAUUGGGAUGUGAUGUCGACAUGUUUCUGGACUUCCAUGAUAUACGAAAGCAUGGAACAAAAAUGAAAAAAGGUCCCUUUGAAAUGGAGUAUCAAAUGAAAAGAUUACCAUCUGAAAGACUAGCAACUCAGAAAAUUCUUUCUGUGAUUGGUGAUUGCCUUGAUAAUUUUGGUCCUGGAUGUGUGGGCAUACAAAAGAUACUCAAUGCUCGCUGCCCACUGGUGAAAUUUUCCCAUCAACCGACAGGAUUCCAGUGUGAUCUGUCAGUGAGCAACAGCAUUGCUAUAAAAAGUUCAGAACUCUUGUAUAUCUAUGGCUGUCUUGAUUCCCGUGUAAGAGCACUAGUGUUCAGUGUACGAUGUUGGGCCCGCAUUCAUGGACUUACAAAUAGUGUUCCUGGUACCUGGAUUACAAACUUCUCUCUGACCAUGAUGGUCAUGUUUUUUCUGCAAAAGAGGUCACCACCUAUCAUUCCAACACUAGACCAACUUAAAGAACUGGCAGAUGAAAAAGACAAGCAUGUAAUUGGAGGAUAUGAUUGUUCAUUUGUUAGUGAUUUAAGCAAGAUUAAACCUACGAAAAAUACAGAAACACUUGAUGUAUUGUUGGGUGACUUCUUUGAAUAUUUUGGAAACUUUGAUUUCAGAAAGAAUUCCAUAAAUCUUCGAAAGGGAAGGGAAAUAAAUAAACCUGAGUCGUCUCCUCUUUAUAUCUGGAAUCCUUUUGAACAAGACCUUAAUAUCAGCAAGAAUGUUAAUCAGCCACAGCUGGAGAAAUUUGUAGCUAUGGCCAGAGAAAGUGCCUGGAUUUUACAGAAGGAAGAUAAAACUCAGCAAGUGAUCAAUAAAGAGCCUUGGGGACUGGCAGCACUACUGAUACCAUUUGGAAAAAGUAAUCCCAGCAAGAUGAAGAAUAGGAUGAAAGGACUAGGAAGUGAAACAAUCAGAAGCCUCUUGGACUCUUUAAAGUUGAAUAAUGCAACCAGUCUACAAAAAGCAGCAGGAAAGUGACUUUCAGCACAGAAACAUAGUAGCUGAUAUUCUGUUUUAGGAAUUGAAUGGGACACACAGUCCGAAGAACAUUACUUUUAAUACUUAUGGUGAAACGGAGAGUUAAAUGACCUCUGUUUUCCAUCGUGAUGCUUUUCUUUCUGUACAUUUUUCUCCUCCUUACUCUUCACUUUUCCAUCUGUUUUUUGAAUGAAGAGCAUUCAAAUACAAGUUUUACCAAUACAUUUUGGAAGUAGCCUUCAGUUGGGCACUCUUAAAAAAAAACAACAAAAAAACCCCCAAAAAACCCCAAAACAAACUGACAGGAGCGGCAUGGGAAAAAGCCUUUGGGAAUUCUGUUGGCUAACAUACCAAUGAUAUGCUAAGUAAAAGCUCAAGAAACAACAACCUUUCAGUGAAACCACAGUUUAAAAGCAGAUGAAUGUUAGAACCAUUGCUUCCAAUUCCAGUUAUGUUGUGGAAGCCAGUAAAACCAAAGUGCAUGUAUCUAUUUUUGCAAAUGUUUUCCAUUCAUGUAGAUAGUGCCAAGACAAAAUAAAGAGAAUGGAAUUAGA